AUGAAUCGGAACCAUUACCACAUGUUCAAGCUGCUUAUACUAGGCGACAGUGGCGUCGGAAAGUCCUCCUUGUUGGUACGUUUCGCUGACAACGAAUUUUCACCAUCGUUCCUGACAACCGUUGGAGUAGAUCUGAAAAUACGAAAUAUGACUAUCGACGGAGAACGAGUGAAGGUGCAAAUCUGGGAUACGGCAGGCCAGGAACGCUUUCGAACUAUCACCAACACGUACUAUCGGGGAGCUCAUGGAGUUAUUAUUGUGUAUGACGUGACCAACGGAGAAUCAUUUGCAAACGUCAAGCGGUGGAUCAGUGAGAUUGAUUCUAAUUGUGACACGGUCACCAAAGUGCUGGUGGGUAACAAAAACGACGAUCUAAGCCGGAAGGUAGUUCUCACUGAAGAUGCUGAACGCUUCGCUAAGCAAAUGAACAUUACACUGUUCGAGACAUCCGCUAAGCAUGAUGUAAAUAUAGGCACAAUGUUUACUGCUAUCACUCAAGAGGUACUGGAACACAAGAAGCGUAUGCUGCAGAAGUUAUCGUCGGAAGCAGAUGUUGGGUCUCUUCAGCUGCAGGAACCUAAGAUAAAACAUAAAACAAAGUGUUGCUAGCAUUUAAUU